AUGGAGAACGACAAGGGAGAGAUCGUUGACCUCUACGUCCCCCGCAAGUGCAGCGCCACCAACCGCAUCAUCAAGGCUAAGGAUCAUGCUUCAGUCCAGAUUUCCGUUGCCAAGGUCGACGAGAACGGUCGUCUAGUCGCUGGCGAGAACCACGUCUACGCCCUCUGCGGUUUCGUUCGUGCCAUGGGCGAGUCAGACGAUGCUUUCAACCGCCUGGCCCAGCGUGAUGGCCUCGUCAAGAGCGUCUGGUCUGGUCAGCGAUAA